AUGGCAUCCAAGAACACGCACUCCACGCCAACUGGCGAUGCCUACGAUCCUGAGAAACCCCCUCACACGGAAGACUUGUCUCCAGAUGAUGAGCCCAAGAUCGCCAACGACUAUCCCGAAGGCGGCACGCAGGCGUGGCUGGUGGCCGCCGGCACCGCGGGCGUCCUCUUCGCCACCCUGGGCUACACCAACUCGUUCGGCGUCUUCCAGGCGUACUACAUGCUGCACCAGCUGCAGCACGAGACCUCGGACCGCAUCGCCUGGAUCGGCUCGCUGCAGGCCUUCCUCAUCUUCGCGACGGGGUGCGUCGGCGGGCCGCUCUUCGACCGCUACGGCGCCAGGGUCAUCCGGCCGGCGGCGGCGCUGUACGUCUUCGCCAUCAUGAUGACGAGCCUGUGCAGCGAGUACUGGCAGUUCAUGCUGGCGCAGGGCGUGCUGACGGGCGUCGCCGACGGUCUGCUCAUGUUCCCGGCCAUGGCGGCCACGCCGCAGUACUUCCACAAGAAGCGCGGCGCGGCCAUGGGCGUCGCCAUCGUCGGGUCGUCCGUCGGCGCCAUCGUCUUCCCCAUCAUCAUGACCAAGAUGCUCAACGAGUCGAGCCUCGGGUUCGGCUGGUCGGUUCGCAUCGUGGCAUUCAUCAUGGUGCCCGUGCUGGUCUUUUGCAGUAUCGUCAUCAAGGCGCGGCUCCCGCCUCGGAAGACGACGUUUCUCCUGCUCUCGGCCUUCAAGGAGCCAGUAUACAAUCUCUUGGUCAUCGGCAACCUCUUCCUCAUGGUCGGCAUGUUUGUCCCCAUGUUCUUUCUGCCGGCCUUUGCCAUUGAGAAAGGCAUGAACGACAGCCUCGCCUUUUAUCUGGUGGCCAUGCUCAACGGCGCCUCCAUCCCGGGGCGUAUUGUCCCCGGCAUCCUGGCAGACAAGUUUGGCCGGCUCAACAUGUUGUUCGGUGCCGGGCUCAGCACAUCCAUUAUCAUUUUGUGCUGGUCCAAGUUAUCGGGAACAGCUGGGAUCAUCAUCUACACGCUUGCUUUUGGCUUCUGCUCCGGGACUAUCGUAUCCGGUGGCUCUGUUGCCCUCUCUCUCGUCCCCAAGAACCAGCAGGAGGUCGGCACAUACCUGGGGAUGGGCAUGGCCAUCGCGGGCGUCUCGGCCCUGAUCGGACCGCCGGCGACGGGAGCCUUGCUCGAUCGAGACCAUAAUAUCCACAACGUCGCCAUCUUCGCAGGGAUAUGUUGUUUGGGAGGCACGAUGCUGAUUCUAUGGGCCAAGAUGUUUACCGAGAAGGGUAUUCUGGGAAAAGUAUGA